CCAUCGGUUAGUACAAUAGUCUUACAGUACAUGCUACAGCUAUCUGCAAUACUGGCAGUGCCUUCUCCUACCUUACAUAGAAAUCUCUUUAUUUCACUGCAGAGAUAUCAAGCCAGAUAACAUCAUGCUUGACAAGGAUGGUCAUAUUAAGAUCAUUGACUUUGGCCUCGCUGUGGAUGGAAUGAAUGGAGAUAAAGUAGUCAGUGACCGCACGGGGACUUUUGAAUACAUGGCCCCAGAGGUUCUCCAAGAAAAACCCUAUGGGAAGGAAGUGGAUUGGUGGUCCCUAGGAGUAACACUCACUGGGAUGGCUACAGGAAGGCAUCCAUUCUAUAAUGGGCCACAUAAACAGCUCUUGUAUAAGGCUGUUCUAAAGGAGAAGCCCACAUUCCCAACAUGGCUAGAGCCAGACGCAAAACAUUUUCUGAAGCAGCUACUGAGAAAGAGGCCGCAAAAACGCCUCGGGGUGUCACAUAACAUACGGGAGCACCCCUUCCUGAAGGACAUCGACUGGGCAGAGAUAGAAAGCAGAAGAGUAAGACCACCAUUCCUGCCAUUUAUGCACGUUCCAGAGCUCCAGGAACAUCCUAGUUUGGAGCUGAAACUGGAAGAUAGCAUGGCAGCUGACCCUAUACCAGGAUUUUCCUUUAUUGGAGACACAGAAUAGGACAGCCAUCAGCCAGGACACAGAUUUCUCCAUCUCCACCAAACAUCAGCCUGGCCAAGUCUACUGAGGCCUCUUGGGAUAGCCAUCUCCCAAAACAACAUCUCCCUCUGUCUUCUGAAGCAUUAUCUUAAAAAAUAAUUAUAA